UCAACCCCCUCCCAUCCGCCCCUUCCCUCUCCAAACUAGCCCCGUCGGUCGCGCACAGAAGCGGCUCUUCGUUCCCCAGCACCGUCCGACGGCCGACGGCUGUGCGCAGUAGCAGUAGUGUGACCGCAGCGACAGCAACACGGUUUUCCCGAGACAGAUUUCACUCGCGUCGAAUUGUACACCGCAGCCACCACGCACAAGUCGCGUCCACGUAUUCAGUCUCCCCGUGCCCACACCUUACACAGAGCUGUCAAAUCUAGUUACAAGUACGUACUCGAUCAAUACUUAAAUCAAGAUGACGCAUAACAAUAGUUUCAAAACGAUGUUCACCAUCGCUAUGAUCGUCGGCGUUGCGUUGGCCGCUCCCCGUCCCGACAAACCAGACAUAAGCAACGAAAUUAUUCCGUCCGGAGGAUUCACCGUCAAGAACGGUGAGACAGUGGGCGCAUCAUGGGGAGGUUUCCACGCGUCCGCCUCUUUGGCUGAUGACGGUAGCGCUGUCGCUUCCGCGGGCGGUAAUGGACUGGGUGCCAGUUCCGGAUACGGCGUAGGAGGUGUUGGAGCUGGAGCCGGUCUGUACGGCACCGGAGUGGCAAGCGAAUCCGGAUCAUCCGCAGGGUUCCCGGGUAAACCGGCCGCCGGAGGAUACGGCAACGGCGGAAAACCCGCCGGUGGAUCGUCCCAUCAAGGAGGACUCGGUAACGGUUUCUUCGACAAGAUUUUCGCCAUCCCGAUCAACGUUCUGCAGUCCGUCAACACGUACCUGAACCAAAAGCAACAGAUGCAAUCCGGUCAUCCUGGAACCUCGGCACAAGGGCAUCACGACAACAACGGCGGCGCCGCGUUCGCCGCGUCGGCUUCUUCGGCCGGCGAAGCGUCGUACGGUGGCUCCGUGAAAGCUCCCGCGGCCCACGCCGGCGCGGAUUACGGUCACGAGUCCGCCGGUCACGGGAAACCCGGAUCUCCGAUGAUGGUACACACAAAAACAAAUUAUGACGAUAUAUUCAACAUUCCGAUCACCGCGUUGAGGUCCGUCCAGAACCUGUUGAACGGUUAACUCGUCGCAGUGACCGCAGCACAUAAUAUGGUGGUGGAGGAGGGAGAGCGAUAGAGGGGAAGAAAGACAGAGCAGUGUACAUUGUAAUAUAGCAACUACAGCGGUGUCCACGGAUCACGGCUCUCGAUGACGCAACCAUACACACACAUACACACCCCCAUUUACAGUGUCCACUUAGGUGUCGCAUAUUAUGUGUACAUAACUAUUAUUUUAGUAGAUAAUAAUAUAUUAUACAGAUCAGUUUUUCGCGCGUCAAUGCAUCACGAGUGUGCAUCUUACGUCGAACGAAUCCGUAUACUGUGUAUUAUUUUUAAAAUAUUAUGUCGUUCGUUGUGCACGUAGUUGUAGUAGUGGUAUUUAUUUUUUUAUUUUUUUAUUUUGUUUCAAUACGUAACACCGUUAGUUUAUUAUUUAUAUAUUAUAAUAUUAUAUUUAUGUGUGAAAUAUUGUUAGAGUCAUCGAGCAAUAGAUGUAACAAUACAAACUGUACUUGUCCUUAAGUAUGUGAACCAAC